AUGCCAAUCUUGCUCGUCUUCGUCGUACAGGUAAAGAUAGUCUUCAGUGAGGGGAUUAUUCCAACCCUCUUCUGGUUCAAGGAGCCUUCCUUGAAUUUCAUCCUCCUCGUCCGGUUCAGCAUCAGGGACCACUUCCUCGCCCUUGACGACCUCGAAAAGCACCUCCUAGCAGCCGAGAAGAACAUUCUAGCUGUAGGUGCUGCUCGUGGUACUCCCCGCACUCCCCUCUUUGAGGGGUGCUCCAACUCCCCUCUCACCCCCUCCUACGCCUCCGCAGCAACUGCUGCCAACCUCCUUGGUGUUGAGAAGGUCGCAGCUGCUUCCGCUCUGAGUGGGAAGCGCAGCGGCUUCAAGGGAGGCAAGGGUGGCAGGGGUGGCGGACGUGGCGGUGGAGGGGGCGGUGGUGGAGACGGCGGGGGCGAUGGAGGUCGUGGCGGUGGUCGUGGAGGUGGAGGUAGUGGUGGGGGCGGUGGUGGUGCCGGGAGCGGUGGCGGUGGCAGCGGCGGUGGUGGCGGAGUAGGGAGUGGUGGUGGCGGCGGUGGUGGGGACUUGGGUGGAGCCGGUGGUGGCCAAGGACAGCAGCAGCAGCAGCCGCAGCAGCGUCAGCGCUAG